AAUAGUCAGUUGUACCCAGGCUCUAUCACAGGUUCCUGCUAGCUCCUUUACGUCUCUUUCAAAAAUGGCCAACUGUACGUAUGACUUCUGCCGGAUCUAUCCUCAUCUCUUCAACGAAACAACUGAGAGCAGCUUAAGAGGCAAUGUUCACGAGAUAGAUCAAUGGGUGUUCAUGAGCAGUCCGUAUCCCAUUGUAGCGCUGCUCGUCGCAUACCUGUACUUUGUGCUCAAACUGGGCCCCGACUACAUGAGCACGCAAAAGCCGUUUGAGAUCAGAAACAUAAUGAUGGGUUACAACUUAUUUCAAGUACUAUACAAUUUGAGGAUAUUUGUUAAGUUCUUUCUCGUGGAAGGCGCCAUCUGGUAUGUGUUGAACCACACGUGCCAUCCGAUACCUCAAGACAUCAACCCGCUAAAGCAUGAGUUCUACGCGAACUCAUGGUACUACCUUGUUUCAAAACUGACGGAUUUACUUGACACAGUCUUCUUCGUCGUCAGAAAGAAGCAGUCUCAUGUGACAUUUCUCCAUGUCUACCACCACACGAUCAUGGUAGUAUCCACGUGGAUAUUCUUGAAAUACGUGAGAGGAGAGCAGGUGGUAGCUGUAGGUCUAGUCAACUCGUUUGUACACGUGUGUAUGUACAGCUACUACUUCCUAGCAGCUCUGGGACCGUCUGUACAGCGGUAUCUCUGGUGGAAGCCAUACAUCACUAGGUUACAGCUGGCGCAGUUCAUAUUCAUCGUCACCUUCCUACUGAGUCUGCUGGUCCGAGACUGUGAGGUGCCAAAGUUCUUCACCACCUACACGAUGCUCAACGGCUUCGUCUUCUUGUACCUCUUCUCCAAGUUUUACAUCAACGCGUACAUAAGGAAAAAACAAGAUUGAAUAUUUAAACCACCAUGUAUUAUUAAAAAAAAAUCUUUUUAGUGUUCUAACAAGUCAUAAUUUGAUUUAUGUACAUACGUGUCAAGAAUUAGAAAAUCUUUUCUAAACGGAUUCCUUAAAUUUUUGGUGCACUAAUGGCCUUAGCCAAAAGUCUAUGUUUUAGAUAAAUAAUUUAAACGGUUCCAUAAUCAAAGAAAAUACGCGUUCGUUAUCAAAGUUGUUUCUUUGUAACUUUGAUAUUUAAAGUAAAAUCACGAUUUUUAUUAUUGAACUGUAUUAGUAUAGUACGUCUUUUAAAUUUUGUAUUUAUAAGUUUUAAUUUAUACUCGUAUUUAUUGUUUGAAAUUGCAUGGCAGUCACAUAUUCUUAUUAGACUAGAUGAUAAUCUUCUUUGUUUAGUUGAAACACCCUGCUUUUACGAGUCAAGUUGUACAUAAACCAGAAAAUGUAAUAUUAUAUUACCAAUUUAGUUUUGAAAAGUGUUCAUGAAAAUCCUACUUCUAAAGUUAACGCAUAAUAGAAAUACUCUUAAAACACCUAAGUAUGGGUACUACCUACAUAAAAAUACAGUUUUGUUAGUUGUAAUAUUUAUCAAGUAUGU